AUGCAAUUGUUUUGUAUAUUAGCUCUUUAUAUAACCAUCUUGGAAAUUCAGGCUACUGAAACAAUAGCCGCAUGGAAUGAGACCUAUCCAAAAGGUCAAGUAGUUCGGGUAGACAAUGUCGAUGUUUAUACGGUUGGCAGUAAUGAAAAUUCAGCUAAUGAUCUAUCGGUUAUUGUAAUCUAUGAUGUAUUUGGAUUCAAUGUAAGUCAAACACGUGUAUUUUGCGAUCGUCUCUCUGCACAGUAUAAAGUACAAGUGGCUAUGCCAGAUUUCUUUCGUGGUAAAACAGCAUCGCCACACUUAGAGAAUCUUAGUGAUGUAUUAUCUCUAAUUGGUAACUGGUCUCAAGUAUCAUCAGAUCUUAACACUGUUGCUUCAUGGCUUCGAAAAAAGUCAACAACUCAUCGCGUUGCACUUGUUGGGUUCUGUUGGGGCGGUCUACAAGUUGCACGAGCUUGUUCGAAUCUAUCGUCACAAUUUUUCACAGGUAUUUCAAUUCAUGGUGCAUGGUUGACAGAAGAUGAAGUUCGUAAUUUACAACAACCAGUACUAUUCAUUGCUGCUGGUGAUGAUCCACCGUUGCAGCCCAAUAUUUCGAGUGUCAUUGAACAAUGGACAAGUCCCAGGGUAGCUGGUCAGUGCCAAUAUGAAACAUAUUCAAACAUGGCACACGGAUUUGUAUCAACGGGUGCUAAUUAUUCGAAUACUGAGAAUGUUAAAGCUAUCGAUAGCGUCCAUGAAACCGUGAGAGAUUAUCUGAAUCGAAUCUCUCGUAACUCAGCAUCAAUAACGCAUUAUUCUAUACUCUUUGCUUUUGUUCUUUUUUUACUACUUAUUUAG